UGUAUGAUAGUGGCAGAGUAGAAGGAAAGCAUGGCUGCCAAAUAUGCUAUAGUCUUAACACUGAUUAGUUUUUGUUCUCCAUGCGUGGCGGCGGAGUGGACACGCGAGAUUCAAGAGAAGCUGGUCAAUGUGAGAAGUGUCACAUUUCUAGUAACUGUUAAUGACACGUGGGAUCCUAAUGGAUGCAUUGCAACGGUAAAAACACCUCCUCUAAAACCGAAUGUCAAAUACAACCAUACGGAGCAGAUUCAUGUUGGAAGCUGUGAUCACGGUCCAUUGGAUUUUCGGGUUUCGUCUCUCAACGACAGUGUGAAUGCUAUGACUGUUGACUUAGUGUUCCACUCCUCCGUAGUAGAAGAUGCUGAUCCCCCUGCCUGUAGUAUUGGAUGGAACGGUACCUACCUCGUUCCCCGGGCUUCAAAUAUACCAGACCAGUCCCUGCUCCCGGGCUGUAUGACUGGUGACUCCAGGGAGGGCUAUCACAUGACUUACUACUGGUUCCAUAUUUUGGAGUGGUCUUUUUAGUGAUUUUGUUUUGAAUAAACAUACUGUAA